CCCUUUUGAUGUUGAACUCAUCUCGCAACUCACGAAAACAUACAAGUAACGCUUGCCUUCAUUAUAUGAGAACUCUGUAUACGUACUAUUCCUACAGUCCUCGUUGAACUGUGCAGUACUAUACUAUCAAAGCCAGAAAGUUCCGCAUAUGGCACAAAUGGACGGUUUUGUCUACGAACCGAUUGACCUCGACCGCCCGGCGCUUCGGCUCCUACAUUUAUUAAGAGGCAAAGGGUCGAUCAUCAAGUGUAUGCUGUAUCAGGCCUUCCUCGACGGUGCCGACCUCAUUCCAUAUGAAGCUUUAUCAUAUACCUGGGACGGCGCGAAUAAGAACUUUACUGUGACAGUCAACGGGAAAUCCCUCAAUGUUACUGAAAACCUAUACUUAGCCCUCCAGCAUCUUCGCUCAGAACAUAUAGAUAGGGUAAUCUGGGUUGACGCUAUUUGCAUCGAUCAAAACAAUAUAAGAGAGCGAGGACACCAAGUUCAACAGAUGUGUAAGAUCUAUUCGCAAGCGGAAGAGGUAGUAGUCUGGCUAGGUCCAGCGACGCAAGAGACUGACGUCUUCAUGGGGUCUCUACAACAACUGGAAAACCACAGUUCAAUACAUGGAUAUAAGCGCAAUGUUGAGUUACGCAAAGGUUUAGAUCUGCUCCUAAGUAGACCGUGGUUCAGACGGGUCUGGAUCUUGCAGGAGAUCGCCAACGCGAAGAGAGCAAAUAUCUGGUGCGGCACCAAGUCUGUUAAGUCACAUACCUUUGCUAUAGCUCCGUCGCUCAUAGGCAUCAAGCCAGAACGUCACUGUCAAGCGGUGUUGGACAUCAUGCCUGGCCAACUGCGGGAGGAAACAUGGUGGAGCGAGAGUAGAGACUUGUACAACCUUCUGCUGAAGUUCAAGGAAAGCGAAGCAAGUGACCAACGAGAUAAAGUCUACGCCUUACUGGGAAUAUCCUCGGACGCUCGGGAUACGGAUAGCUUGCGUCCAGACUAUACGAAAGACCUCAAGAAGGUGAUUCACGACACCUCUUCAUUCUUG